AUGGACUUGUUCCCUUUCUUCCUCUUGGUUGCAAUUGUGGCAGCAGUAAGUGAUUAUGAGCGGAGAUAUGGCACGAACUUCUCCAAGUUGCCAAGCGACGAGCUUGUGGAGGAAUCCCUCAAGACUUUGGGUUUUGGGAGCUGUCAAAGGGCCAAAUACGACAUGACCAAGAUAUACAAUUCCAUUCUUGGACACAAUCCCGACCUUUUCCUCUUUAUAGGCGAUAACACCUACCCAGAUCUACUCUGCUGCACACCCGAAUGUAUAAAGGACGCAUACGACAAAAUGGCCAAGAAUGAAAGCUAUGUCAAGUUCACCAAGGAGGUCAAGAAGUUUGACGGGAUCUACGACGACCACGAUUAUGGUAAGAAUGAUGUGUAG